GUUAGCUAAAAUGAAACCAAAAUCAAGAUGUCAGAAACGAAAGGAGUAGAGAGAGAGAGAGAGCAAAAAGCGGACAGGCAGCUUCUGAGUAUGGCUUCGUUGGAGAGUGCAGAGGUCUACAUUCCCCGGGACGCCUGUGUCAGAACUAUCCGUCUGCAGGAUCUGCCCUUGUCCAUCAGCAGGAAAAUUGGCAACUGUCUUCGAGCAAGCGAGCAUGAAAGGCAAGCAUGCCGACGCUCGUCUCCGACGGCCACGUGGAUCUGUCCGGUGGAGCUGCGGCCGGGAGCAGGGGAAAGACCUGCAGCGGGCAGGACACUCGUCCCGCUCGAGGGGCAGGUCUGCCUGCCGGUAGUGAGCGCCAGUCUGUUAGCCCACAGACUCCUUCAGGAGGCUCUGCCUUAUGGAAAUCGCUCUCACAGUUCCGCUGGGCCGGACGGCGGAGCUGCGCCGGUGUCCUGCAGUAGAGUGUCUGCUGGCAGGAGGAAUGCCAUGAUCUUGUAUGAUGGCCAGAUCUUCCUCUCGGUGAGGAAGACCAAGAACCAGGGAAGAGGGACCCGUCACACCAUACCGCACAAUGCAGGAGCUGGUAGACCCCAGAAUGAUGGAUGGUCUAAACAGGAACCAGCCUGCCAGAUCCCAGGUUUGGAGAGUGUCCAGAACGAGCACCACAUGGAGGAGACGGACAACGGCGUCCAGCAGGACGGUCUUCCCAGUGGGAGUGUUUAUUCAAAUGAUGCAGCCGUCACGGAGCGUCUGGUUGGAGACAGUAGGCGGAGCCUCAGUGGAUUGGAGGCAGACGUUAUGGGAGGUGCCGAACGUAGUUGUGCCGUAGACGCUGAGGGCAGGGUUCAGAUGUUGCCUGCUGAAGUCCCCAGGGAUGAUGCAGAGAGCUGUCAGGCUGUCCAUGUUGGGGAGGUUGGGGGCACAGACGUGCAUUGGGACAGUUGUGGACCGAGCUCAGGGGACAGACCUUUACGUGAACUCCACCGCAGAGACACCGCGGGGUCUGCCCCUCAGGCCAGAGCUCCUCCUCCAGUCCCUGGGUGGCAGGAGCAUGGAGGGGUGGGCGGAGCUGGACACGACCACAGAGAGAAGCCCUAUCUGACCUGCCUCACUCUGACUCCGACUGCAGAUGUGAGUGACAGUUCUGUUUUUGAUGAGCUAGAGAAGAUGGAGCGGAUCUCCCACCUCAGAGCUUCGCUGAGGGUAAAGGAAGCGGAGCUUAAUAAAGUCAAAACCCUUAAGUGAGGAAACAGUAAUGACUUUUGUAAUCAGCUACAGUCACCUCUGUAUGCCACACCUCAGUCUGUAUUCAAAAGGCAACCUGUCCAUUUUGUUUGUGGUUGGUUUGUUGUCCUGUGUAGAUUGGAAUUAGGGAGAUUGUAUAUAAUUUAUGUAACUGGCGCUAUUUUAUGUUGUCUGAAAACUUGAAAAAUGUAAAAUUAAAUGCAUAAAGCAUAAACUAAAGUCAUAAAGCAUGUCUUAUAUAGGGCAUUUUCUUCUAGAACAGCAGAAUCAACUGUGUAUUUGUGCACAUUACAGAGGUCAUUAAGGUCAAAAUGCCAUACAUGCAUUUUCGAAGCCUUGUUUUGUUUAAUGUCUAAAAAAAAGAUUUUUAAUUUUUACAUUUUUUUACAGUACACAUUGCUGUAGAAAUUUGUUCUUAAAUUAUUAUGAGCCCUCGCAAUGAAAGAUUUAUUGUUUUUCUGCAUUCUACAAAAAUAAAGGUAAUAAUAUAAA